UAUUGCCAGGCCGGCGUUCGGGGCUUGUAUCCUCUCGGCUCUACACGUGGGCUGCUGUAGGUGUUCUGGCCCGUAAUUCUUCCUGUUGGCGUGGAGCAGCCACAUCGAAGGACAGAGUGGCAGCGGAGGUCAAGGGUCGUGAGCUGAUGGAGUUUGCUGGUGAAAAUGAAGGAACGUCGGGAGGAGGUCUCCAGAGUGUAGCUGAGGGGGCGCGGUUAAGUCCCAAGUCGGGUAGGGAGGAAGUCAGGGACUUAGCAGGGAUGGAGAAGGCCGGCGGUGGAGAGGAGGGGAAUGGGCCAACAGGAACGAUGAAGACAGGAGAUGGAGAGAAAGGAAGUGGACAAAGGGCAGGGGAGAUGGGCAUGGACUUACCGGUUGUGAAACAAGAGGUUAUGGACUGGCCAGAAAUAGAAGGCACGUUGGAUGGCCAGUGGGUUAAGCAGGAGGUGGAGGAUAGGCCUGAGGUGAAGGAAGAGAAAACAGGCAUAUUGGAGGUGAAGCAGGAGAUGCAGAGUGGUAGGGUGAUAAAAGAAGAGAAGAUGGAUGAGCCAGAGGUAAAGGAAGAGAAAGUGAAGGUGAAGGAAGAGUUAAUGGACUGGCCAGAAGUGAAGGAAGAGAGGAAGGAUAACUUGGAGAUAAAACAGGAGGAGGUGUUUGUUGGUCAGAACGUAAAAGAGGAGGAGAUGAUGGAUGGAGUGCUUGUAAAAGAAGAGAAGGAUUUCCUGAAGAAAGAAGUGAUGGAUGAUACGGAGGUGAAAGAAGAGCUUCAGAUAAAUCACCGGCUGGGCUGCAAGCGGAAACUGGCCAUGUCAAGGUGUGAAACUUGUGGUACGGAAGAAGCAAAGUACAGAUGUCCACGUUGCAUGCGAUAUUCCUGCAGUUUGCCCUGUGUAAAGAAACACAAAGCAGAAUUGCUGUGUAAUGGAGUUCGAGAUAAAACUGCUUAUGUAUCAAUACAACAGUUCACUGAAAUGAAUCUCCUAAGUGAUUAUCGAUUUUUGGAAGAUGUGGCGAGAACAGCAGACCAUAUUUCUAGAGAUGCUUUCUUGAAAAGACCAAUAAGCAAUAAACAUAUGUACUUUUUGAAAAAUCGUGCACGAAGGCAAGGUAUUAACUUAAAACUUCUACCCAAUGGAUUUACCAAGAGGAAAGAGAAUUCAACAUUUUUCGAUAAGAAAAAACAACAGUUUUGUUGGCAUGUGAAGCUCCGAUUUCCUCAAAGUCAAGCUGAAUACAUAGAAAAAAGAGUACCAGAUGAUAAAACUAUUAAUGAAAUCCUAAAACCUUACAUUGAUCCUGAAAAGUCUGACCCUGUAAUCCGUCAAAGGUUGAAAGCCUACAUUCGCUCUCAGACUGGGGUCCAAGUUUUAAUGAAGGUCGAAUAUAUGCAGCAAAAUUUAGUAAGAUAUCAUGAACUAGAUCCCAAUAAAAGUCUCCUAGACAAUUUGAGAAACAAAGUAAUCAUUGAGUACCCAACAUUACAUGUGGUAUUGAAAGGAUCCAGUAAUGACAUGAAAGUUCUUCACCAAGUGAAAAGUGAAUCUACCAAGAAGCUUGACAAUGAAAAUUGAGCACUUUUUCUGUGGAAGAAGGUGAAAAUUUUGAGACAGUUGCAGAGGACUAUGCAUUGAUGGACUGUUGGAUGAUUUGGGUAUUAUCAACAGAUGAUUGGAACUUUUUGUUUGUCUAAAAAGUAAUUAAAUAAUCUAAACUUUUAAAAAAAUGUAUUUUAUAGCCUGUUGAAUUAUAUAAGGCCAGAGCCCCUUAGUCAUAUUAAGAACUCUGGUCAGCAUACUGCUUCGUAGGCCCUGGCUUUUAAUAUGCUUAAUUCCAUAUGCUGAAAACUUUUUUAUUUGUUAGUGUGAUGUAACACCAAACCUAAGGAUCACCUGUGUCAACCACAAAGUUGGCAUUCUCUUUAGCAGAACCUCACUGAACAGAAAGGCCAUGUGAUGUACCAUCUAACCACAGGAGAAGAACUAAUCUUCCAUCAGUUGCCCAUUCUUGGCUUUGAGGUUUGUAUGUAAAUUAUCACUUCUGAGACAACUUUCAUACUUGGAAAACUCCCCAUACGAUGUCUUGUACCGGGAAGGUGAAUAAAUACCAUUAACAACUAUUUUCUUAUAUUCCGUUCAGAAAAUCAGUGGCUCCACAUUGUUUGAACCAUCAGUGCUAGGAAUUUGGAUCUACUUUUUCAUACAAUGAGCUAUGUCUUACGAAUUCUGUGCCUUUCAUCACAUUCCCAGUCCACUCUCAUCAUUACCACACAGGGAUGUUGUGAUGACCAGUUUUAUACUGUGUUUUGAUGUGUGUAGCAAUAACUAAAGAAAAAAAACCUUGGAACUCUUCAAUGUGUUAUUGAAAUGUAUAUGUAUGUAUUCAUGUAUAUACAUGGCUUAAUUUAUACCCUAUGGCAGCUCUGUAUACAUUAUGAUCUCAUAUAUUGAAAAGUUUCCUAAUUUUAUUGGAAUUUAUACCAUUAUGAAAAUAUAAUGUGACUAUGAAAGAGUAAAAGAUUAUUACAUCUGUA